UCUGCCACUCACGCACACACGGACAAGUUGCAAAGAAAGACGAGAAGAAGAAGGAGAAGGAGAAGGAGACGGAAGGGAUGAAGGAGGAGAGUUUGAUGUCAGAAUGAGCGCUCAGCGGAACACCGGAGCGAUGGGACGCACCGGCACAUAGACGCGGCUUUUGUUCGGACGUAGACGCGCGCACUUAUCUCCUGUCAGCGUGGGAGUGGGUGUCAGCUUUGAGUAGAGAAGAAGAAGAAGAAAGAAGAAAAGGAGGAGAAACAUGAGUCGGCAGCAGCACCAGUCCCAGGGAGUGGUUUUAACGGGUUACCACAGCAACGCGGAACUACUGCCGAAAACUGGACCGUGCGUCCCGUGUCCAUGUCCCACGGCCCAGGACCACGAGUCCAGCCGCAGAACAGGCCACUACACCGUUCAGCAGAACCACAACACACAACAUGGAGACAGACAUGGGCCUGUUAAUCCCACCAUCACCACUAAACCGGCCGGCGCUGACCAGGCGUCGCUUCCAAACCCAAAUGUGGCACCAAACUCCAAGUCCCAGCUUUCAUCCAGCCCGAAACCCGGCUCCAGCCCCAGGCAGAGCCCCAAUUCUAAAGCCAGACCCCGGCCCUCAUACCAGCGCUGCAGCUCCCAGGAUUCUCUGGACGAGUUGGAGAUGGACGACUACUGGAAGGAGGUGGAGAAUAUCAAUCGAUCGGGAGAAGGAUCGGGGCGGGGAGAAGGCGGAGGGGACGGGGAAGUGCAAGAAGAGGAACAGCAGAAAACUCCUGAGGAUGGCGAGCAGGAGGAGGCGUGGCUUACCGAGGCAGGGUUAGCGCGGUUGUUUGAUGAUUCGCUGGCAACUGACCAGGAUCAGGAAGAAGAUAGUGCGGUGUUCCUCUCGACACUGACCAGAACUCAGGCGGCGGCUGUAGAGCGACGUGUGACAUCCCUGCAACAGACACUGCGGCGACGCAACCGGCAGCACGUUCCUGAUGUUAGGGAUAUAUUCAGACCACCUGAAAAGGACGGGGAGCCCAGUAAACUCAAUGGGGGAAGUGAGAACGGACAAAAAGAUGUCACUUCAGCUGAGACGGAGACAGAGCUGAAUGUUGAAGUGUCGUUCUCAGAGCAGGCGCUCAGUUAUAGGGAAAACCAUCAGAGGUUAAAGGCCACAAUUAGCAAUAGCUCAUCUGAUGACAAACUACCGAAUUUUAAGUUGCUUCGAGAUAAAACAGGUCAGACCAGAAUAGGAGAUCUGUCUCCUCUGGACAUGAAGAAGGUGCAUAGAUUGGUGCUUGUGGAAAUGACUGCUCUGUUUGACACUGCUGGGGUGGAUCUAAAGGCGCACAAAGCUGUCAAAGUUAAAACUAAAGAAACUGGUCUGUUCGGUGUUCCUCUUGCCACUUUAUUGGAUCAGGACCAGAGGCGAUACCCUGGAACUAAAGUGCCAUUAAUACUGCAGCGACUUAUCAGUCAUAUCGAGGAUGAAGGAUUAGACACUGAGGGGCUUCUACGGAUCCCUGGAGCAGCCACUAGAGUCAAGUCACUGUGCCAGGAGCUCGAGUCAUCUUUCUAUGAUGGGCUGUUUCCAUGGCAACAAUUGAAACAGCAUGAUGCUGCUAGCCUUCUGAAGCUGUUUAUCAGGGAGUUGCCCCAUCCACUGCUGACUGUGGAGUACCUCAGUGCAUUUAUUGCUGUCAACAAGCUCCCCACAAAGAAGCAACAGCUGCAGGCUUUGAACCUCCUUGUCCUUCUGUUACCUGAGGCUAGUCGUGAUACCUUGAAGGCGUUAGUGGAAUUUUUCCAGCGUGUGAUUGACCAUCAGACCAAGAAUAAAAUGACUCUCAACAAUGUCUCUGUUGUCAUGGCACCCAACAUCUUCAUGUUCAAAGGUUUCCGUUCCAAGGUUACAGAACAACAGGAGUUCUCCAUGGCAACCAGCACGGCCAAUAUCGUCCGGCUGCUGAUUAGAUACCAGAAUCUCCUGUGGACCAUCCCCAAGUUUAUUCUGAUGCAGGUCAGAAACCAAAAUAUGGAAAGUCAGCGGAAACAAAAUAAGGAGAGAGCUGUAAGAAAACUGUUAAAGAAGAUCACCACAGACAAGCAGCCUGACAAAGCUGUUCCUGAGGAAAAUUCACAGGGAUUUAUUCGUGUUCAAGCACCGCAGUUUACUAAAGUGUCUAUGGCGGUUCAACUUACUGAGGAGUUACAGGCUGCUGAUGUGUUAACACGUUUCCUCAGCCAGGACAGUUCAGUGUCAGUGAAACGAGAAGAACUGUGUCUCUAUGAGAUCGGUGGAAACAUCAAGGAGAGAUGUCUAGAUGGAGAAACGUACAUGAAAGACCUCCUCCAGCUGAACCCGACAGCAGAAUGGGUCAUCAAAGCUGUGCAGCGGUGAAUUCAUUUCCAAUAUCAUGCUUCACUGGACACUGGACUGCUGCACAUUUGAGUCCCAUGAAGAAAAGAAGUCACAUGUGUCACACUGAUUUUGCAGAUAAUGGACAAACUUGGACUGUUUAAUUUUUUUUUUAAUUUUUUUUUUUUUUUUAGCAUAACUUGCUUGGCACUGGUUGUCAAGAAGUCCAAUGGCAGUCAAAAGAGUUGAAAAUUAUUGUGUUUAUGCUUCAAUGAUCUUAGAUUCACAAUUAAAGACCCUUUUUUUUCCCUCAGUGCCUUAUGGUAUAGUACCAGAGUGUACUUUUGAAGGGAAACCACUCAAUGAGAAAAUCCAUCAUCUCUUUAUACCACGUCUCUCAGUUUGUCUGAGCACUUGAGCCAUAAUGUAGUGAUUCCUAAUAUUUUGUGAUACAUAAGUAUGUAUACUGUGAUUUAUUGCAAACAAUCAACACAUUAUGUCUGCAGGAAUAAGCUGAAACAUAGCUGAGAGCAAUAUUGAAAUUAUGAAAUGAUAAAACACCUGUAACCUAUCAUUUUGUCAUAAGAAAAUUCAAGAAUAUUGGGGGGGUUUAUAUUUAUUUUGGUAUUUUAUUAAAAGCAAAUUUGCAGUUAUAACAUUGGCCUUAAGUGUAUUAGAGCCCCAUCACAGAGGAUUGGUGAGAUCAGUCACAUGUAGCUGCUAAAGUGGUUUCUGCUCACAAAGUUUCCACUUCUGUUUUUUUUUUUUAUGAAGAUCUCAGAGAGUGAAGCAGGCACACAACCACGACACAAUGACAACAUCACUGUUUUUAUAAUAGACUUCAUCAAUAUUGCUGCACGUUGUAACUUUAAAACAUGGAUGUUUGAGUGUUUCAGUAUGUGAAUUCCUGUUUGAAAGACACUGCAAUGUAUAAAUGAAUUCCCACUUAUAUUUCGAAUACAUGAAAUAAUUUGCCUCGACAGAUUUUGAACCAAAGAUUUUAUUUGAUUAUUCUAGAUAUAGACUUUACAGUGAUCAUUAUGGAGACAACAGUACUUUUCUCAUAUGUUGUUGGUUUGAUUUUUUUAGCUCUAAACCUUGGCCUGGAUAUUGAUGUACUACAUUGGCAAAAGCUGUAGUUAGCCUUUUUGUACAACCUACAACACAAAACUGGUUUAAUCCUGUGUGUUUUCUCAGAUAUUGAUUGUCUGUGGAGAAUCUGUCCCUCAGUGCCUUGUGUUAUAUUCUUAACUGUGAAGGUUUUUUUUUUUUUUUUUCCAAAUGUUUUUCUGAUUACUGCCUCUUGAAAUAACCACUAAAACCACUUGUAAAUAAACAUGUAGUUAUUGAUUAUCUGCUGUGAGUGCUUUUAUAUGCUUUGGGUACAGGAAAAAUAAAGUUCUUCACUGUUGGA